CCCCAGCAAACAUGGCGGCGGCCAGGUGCUGGAGGCUUGUGCUCCGUGGUUCAGGGCUGUCACUGCACACCGCGGCCGAGGCCGCCGUCAAGGCUCCCGAAGUGACCGGCCCAGAUGUCGCGGCGGCCCCAGUCGCGCGCUACCCGCCGGUCGUAGCCUCUCUGACUGCCGACAGUAAGGCGGCACGGCAGCGGCGAGUGGAGCGAUGGCAGGCCACGGUGCACGCGGCCAAGUCGGUAGACGAGAAGCUGCGAAUCCUCACCAAGAUGCAGUUCAUGAAGUACGUAGUUUACCCGCAGACCUUCGCCCUGAACGCCGACCGCUGGUACCAGAGCUUUACCAAGACGGUGUUCCUAUCGGGCCUGCCGCCGCCGCCGCCUGCCAAGCCCGAUACCGAGCCCGCGCCGGCUCUGGACGUAGUGGCCCUGCGCGACGCCGCCUGUGAUUGCCUACUGCAGGAGCACUUCUUUCUGCGGCGCAAGAAGCGUGUGCCUCUUUACCUGGAACGUGAGGCCAUCACCUCGCCUUUCUUGGACCAGCUGGUUGCCUCCCUCAUGGGCCUGCUCAGCGCUCGCAAUCCGGCCCUGGCUGCCGCCGCCCUCGACUGUAAACGCCCAGUUCACUUCUACUGGUUGCGUGGUGAAGAAAUUAUUUCUCAUGGUCAUCGGAAAGGUCGAGUUGAUGCUUUGAGAUACCAAAUAAAUGAUAAACCACACAACCAGAUUCGAAUAUCCAAACAACUACCUGAGUUUGUGCCGCUGGAUUAUUCUGUACCUGUAGAAAUCCCAGUUAUGAAUUGUAAGCCAGACAAACUUCCAUUAUUCAAACGGCAAUAUGAAAAUACCAUAUUUAUUGGCACAAAGACAGCAGAUCCACACUGUUAUGGACAUACCCAGUUUCAUCUGCUACCUGACAAAUUAAAAAGGGAAAGGCUCUUGAAACAAAACUGUGCUGAUCAGAUAGAAGUUGUUUUUAGAGCUAAUGCUAUUGCAAGCCUUUUUGCUUGGACCGGAGCACAGGCUAUGUAUCAAGGAUUCUGGAGUGAAGCAGACGUUACUCGACCUUUUGUCUCCCAGGGUGUGAUCACAGAUGGAAAAUACUUCUCCUUUUUCUGCUACCAGUUAAACACUUUGGCGCUGACUGCACAAGCUGAUCAAAAUAACCCUCGUAAAAACAUAUGUUGGGGGACACAAACAACUAUAUAUGCCAUGAAAUGGAUGGAAAAGAGAAGCAAUAAAAACCCCAGGGUAAGAAGCAAGUCAUCUGAAAAUGAGGUAUGUCGAGAAUCUGCGUGUGUGGUAAAACAACUUCUGGAUCCCAUCUUUUAGUUAGAAAUCCACGAGCUCAAUCUCCUUCAGUUUCUAUACUCAAAAGGAAAAGUGGUUAUUUAUGUUCAACAUGAAGAUUCUUAGAUUGUGACGCUCUUAACCAUAAAAGCAAGCCUCACCAUACAGAAUUUAGCUGAUUACUCUGAUCCAGAUAUUGCUAAAACAUUUUCAAGGAUUAUUGAAAUAUAAUGUGCAGUCUUUAAUUUUUCUGUAUGUAUUUUUCAUAUAGUUUAAAUCUAUCUAGAUAUCUAGUUUUCUCUCCCACUUUUCUUUCUUUCUCCCUACCCUGACCCACACCCCAAAAUACACACACACACACACACACACACACACACACACACACACACACACACAGUGUAUUUUCCCUUGGAGUGCAUCAGUGUUUUUCUGAUUAAGUUUGUAUAUAUUUCUGAGACUGCAUUUGACCAGAAAAUCUAGGACAUGGAGGAGGAGAAUUGAAACUUUGAUUAGAAAAUGUGACUUUAGGUCAUUAUAAGAAAUUAAAUUAUGUACUAACUAGUAUUCUCUCCAAAAAUAAUUAUGAUAAAUAAUAUUUUGCUUUGAGAUGUCAUCAAGAGUAUCAAAAGAUGAAUUGUCCUAGGCUACAUACUAUGUAUUUUGCAGCACACUCCUUAUUUUAGAUUUAUUACUUUAAAUAAAUCAAAUAUAUACUUAAAUAAAUAUGAACUCUAGGUCCUCAAAUAAGAAUAAGAUAUACAUUUCCUCCUCUUUUGGCAAUCUCUAUCACAAAAUAGGCCAAGAUGUGCCACAUUCAGUCCAUGGGAAAUUUGCUUUAUUCUGAAAGUGCUACUCUAGCUUUUCCGUAUGAAAUAACGAUUUGCAUUGAAUUUGUCUCGUACUUUGGAAUAGGCCAUCAACUGAGUAAACUAUUUGGAACGUUCACUCGAAUCUUUGUUAACCCAGAAAAUCUUUGUAUCCUAUUAAGAAUUGAUAUAUGGUUUGUCAGUCCUUUUAUUAUUGUUAUUCUUUUUCAGUUGUAUGUUAUGGUCAUGAGUAUUGGAAAUGGCUAAGAUAGAUUAAAAAUGGUAGGUAAUUAUACUAUAUUAUUUCUCAGAUGGUUACAUUAAGAGCUCACAUGAUAUUAGGUAUCAUAUGUUCUACAUGGAAGAAGACCCUAAGACGUAUUUUAAAGGGUAGUUUCUCACAUAGUGAUUAUUAAAGAAAUAAUAAAUUUCAAAAAGCAAUAACUGUGCUAUGAUAAUGCUUUUUUUAAUACCAGUGAAAUUUAACAAAUACACCAAAUUACAAUUCUAUAAAUAACUUAUUCCCUAUGUGAUUCAUUAAAUAUAUAAAUGAUCCCUUGUUUAGUCCUUGCUUAGCUAAACCUGUUAUAUUUCCAUCUAACAAUAUUGGAAAUUACUUUUUCACAAACAUGUCUUCUUUUUCAUUUGGUAGUUUGUCACUUUGGAAAAAAAAUGAUUUCAAAGUAACACUUCAUGCUACACACAUGCUAUCCACCAUGUUGGAUUUAAAUAAAAAAUGACAGGACUUCCAAGUUUUACCUUUUUUGUGUGUUACCUUUAGAUUAUUGGUGAAGAAUGAAGAAUUCAAAAUCACAUAUAAUUUAAAACAAAUGAACAUUGAUUUUUGAAUUUGCUUUCCCAUUUUGUGAGGUUAUUUCCCAGAUCAGAAAAUGUCACUGUUAUAAAGUAAUAAAGCCAUACCGGGGCGAUCCAACUGAAAGAAAGGAGAAAAAAACUGUACAGUUUCUUAUUUUAAAAAUGUUUUCCUUUCUUAUUAGAGAAAAUUAAGAAAAUACAAAAAGGAGAAAUAAGAGAAAAAAACCCACUUUAAAUAUUAUCCUUCAAAGGUCGUGUCUUUUAUCCUUUAGUAUAUUUUCUUCUAAUGUUUUAUCUAUGUUCACCUUUAGGGAUUUUCAUAGGUGUAUAUAAGCAAUAUCAAAUUCUAUUUAGUUUUCUUUUUACCAGUACACAUCAUAUUUUGCUGUAUUAUUAUAAAUUUCUCAGAGAUACAGUUAUGAAUAUCUGCAGAAUAUUUCAUUGGUUUAAUAUCCCAUAAUUCAUUCCAUUAUUACUCUGAUUAGACAGUUAAAGAACCUCUAAUCUUUCGUUAUUUUUUGUACAGCUUUGUAUUUCUAUCAUUGACAUGUUGCAUUUCUCUAUGAUUCUUUCUUUUUGUAAAGUGAUGAUUUAAUUAUUGUUUUCAAAUUUUGUGAUUAUAUUCCUAGAAAACACAAACUUAUCAAAAAAUUAUAUUGACAUAUUAUGCAGAAUUGUACAGAAUUAUACAGACAAAAUUCACUGAAGAAAAUGAAAGAAGACAUGAAUAAAUAGACUGAUGGUUUGUUUCUCUGGAUAGAAAGAUUCAAUAAAAU